AUGUCUAUAUCAAUUGGGUUUGGAUCUUCAAUUGGUUCGUGCUUCAACGCACCAACCCAUCCUCUUCGAAUCUUGGCAAGCCCUAAGAACACCACUAUCAAGUUGAGAACGACAAGUAAAAGAUUCUCCUUUAGAGUUUCCGCUGUUUCGUAUAAGGAAUUCCCCGAGUCUGCUCUGCAAGAAACCAGGAAGAAGGUCCUUCUUGAGCCUUCACUUCUCCAGGAAAAGUAUAGUAGCAUAACAGGAUUGGAUGGUCAAACCCAACUUGAAAUGCUUGCUUUCAAAUCUCCAAGGAUUAGGCUUUUGCGGAGCAUGGCUAUCGAGAACCAGACAAUGCAGGUUUUUGACUUUGCUGGUUUCAUGGAGCCUGAGUUUGAUACGCCCAUCUUCUGUGCUAAUUUCUUCACAUCUGUCAACAUGAACAUAGUGGUCUUGGACCUAAAUCCUUUGCAUCAGUUGUCUGACCGUACAGAUUACCAAGAGAAAUAUUACAGCAACAUAAUGUCCAUAUAUCCAAAAUAUGCUGAGAUUUUCCCAUGGGGAGGAAAAUUGACUGGUGAGUCCAUAAAGUUCUUUUCGCCAUUGGUGAUGUGGACCAGAUUUUCGUCUAGCCAAGAAAAGCAUGAUGCUUUGUUCUCUGCCUUCCUCGACUACUAUCAGGCAUGGCUUGAGAUGACAAUCCAAGCUACGGAGGAGAUGGAUCCAGCUCAGGUGAGAGUUAAUCGUGAAGCACAGCACAAGUACUUGACAUGGCGAGCACAAAAGGAUCCUGGACAUGGUCUUCUUAAGAAACUAGUCGGUGAAGCAAAGGCAAAGGAGUUGCUGAGAGAUUUCUUGUUCAAUGGAGUGGACGAGUUGGGCACAAAAUCAUUCAUUGAUUACUUUCCAGAGUACCAAACCGAAGAUGGAGCUGUGAGUGACAAACGAAGCAUCAUUGGGAGGUCUUUUGAAACUCGUCCUUGGGAUUCAACAGGACACUUUAUCGGCUAA